UUUGGUGCGUGUAAACAAUUGUUAUGCACUCAACGUGCUCUGAUAAUAAUGACCUGCUAGUGGGUAAGGGGCAGUUUGAGAGCUUGAGACAGCAUCUCAGGCUGUGAAUUUUGAUUAAAUUGAACUUAUCAUUCAUUUAGAGAUGGGAAAUGAUGAUGAGCAGAUGACUAAUUUGUCAGGAAUGAUGAGAUGGAGAGACAACAAAGUCAUGGUUUUGUAAUUAAUUAUUUUGUUAUCAUUUGGACAUGGACAUCUUAGAAAUGUCAGUCUCAAAUCCUCUUUCAAUAUGAGGGAGGAAUGUUUCCCUCUCUUCCACUCAGUCCAUCACACCCAAAUGCCCUCUUGGUCUAAAUGAAAAAGGAAGGGAAACUGACAUCACUUCCUUUUCUCCUCUCUGUCUAUAAAAAGAUGAAUACAACAACGCUCUGCUUGCGCAAAGUUUUCACACAUUCUCCUCUGAGGCUGAUCACUUUUCAGGACACAUUUCAGGCUGCUCAGUGUAGGAUGUGCAUGUUUGCUUUGGGUGAAAGUGUGUCUGGAAGCUGCUGACUGGGUCAACAGAGGCUGAACACUGAGGAGACAUGGAAGCUGUGGUUGGACUGUUGCUGAUGCUACUCGGAGUCUCUCACGGUGUGGAAACCUACUGUGAUGGCAGACGGGAUGGAGCUCAGUGUUAUGGAGCUUUGGGAGGAACUGUGGUCCUCCAGCUGAUGGACAGCGCCUCAGAGAUAUUUAUAUACCAAUGGUCAAACAAAGCAGGAACAAUACUCAUAUGGAGUAAGAAUAAGAUUAUGUCUAAUCUGAUAGAAAACAGAUCCUCAUUUACUCCCAGUGAUGGGAAGUUUAGGAUCAAUAACCUGAUCAGGACUGAUGGGGGUGAAUAUACUCUUUACAUUUUUGAUUCAAAUGGACAGAAAUCAGAGCAGCGGACUCUACAGUUGACCAUUCAAGCUCCUGUGUCCUCUGUCCUGCUGGUCUCUGAGUGUCUGUCCCAGGGAGAGAUGAGGGUGUCCUGCUCCUCUGAGGGAGGGGACAGUCCUCAGUACAGCUGGACUCUGGAUGGACACACACUGACAGACGCUCAGCUCCUCUCUGGAAAUAAUGAGACUAACAACAUCACUCUGAAACAAGAUGUCUCAGGACAGCUGGUCUGUUCAGUCAGGAAUCACAUCAGUAGGAUAUCUACCUGUGGCUUCAUAUUCAUCAACUGCAUCCCCACCUCCACUGUGGAUCGCUCUCUGCUCAUAUGUGGUGUGAGAGCAGCUGUGGUGAUUCUUAUAUUAAUUGGGAUUGCCGUCUGUUUUGCUUGGAAGAAAAAGAAGAUAGCUGAAGGCUCUGCCGUCCCUCGAAAGAUGGAAUAUCAAGAGAACUCUGUUGUGAUGGUUGAAAUGAGAAGUUCUGCAUCUCAACUUUAACUUUCUGAAACCGACACCUUAGUGUCGCCUCUCACCUGCUGUGAUUGGCCAUGUGUCUUUAUGGAUGUGAAAAUUGGGUUUAGAGUGGAAAUUCUCAUCUGUUUUUAUUCUUCUCAGAUUCACUUCUUAGCACCUCACUAUGAAUAUCUUCCCAAAAAAAAGGUGCGUGAGUGUUUUCUGCUUUUGUGUCACUGUGGAAGCUCUGAUAGAACUAUGGUUAUGUAUUGUAACUCUAGUUCUAUGAUCACAAGUGGAGCCGUCUGACUCUUUUCACUCGGUCACUUCACCAGUUGUUGACUUGGUGAAAGUGGGGUCAGAGUUUCCUUUACAUAGAGUGAAUUCAAGUGGAAAGACUGUCUUGUUGUAAAGGUUUCAGUGCACCGCUGCCUUUGGAGAGUGAAAAAGCACCCAGAGGCCCACAGCUCCACAGCACAGUUUAUCCUAAAGCAAAAUGUGAUGUUGUGAAUAAAGCUAAUAUUUUCAGAUAGUGCAACUCAUUCUGAUGUCGUUUGAAAAUGAUUGUACUGUAUAUUUCCCCAUCAUCGCUGUCCAGUGAAAACAAUGUAUCUCCAAAUGUGGUGGUUUUGAAUUUUUCAGAUAAAAUGAAGGAUUAAGCGUUUCUUUAUGGGCUGAGCACAUUCUCCCAUUCUUCAGGUAAAUCAGCCAUUUUAAAACACACUGGAUUAUCUGAAAAAUGAUUGUCACAAAACUGGAAACAGGAAUAUUUUUCUGAAAAGAGAAAAGUUGAUGUUUUGGAGAAGAAUUGUUUUUACUUUUGUAUCAGUACUUGACUUUGUGGGUGUAUAUUAAAUGGUGAUUUUGCAUUCAGACUGCACACCAUAACAAAUAUGGGUAUAUUCACAUAUAUGAUUAAGGUGUUUAACUGUUGACUUAUGUAAAUAAUAGCUCUGUGUUUUUCUCAUCUGAUUAUAAUUACACAUACAGUAUACAGUCUUUUUUGCUUCCAUGUUUACAAAGAGCAAUAAUGUAAAACCUUUGAAAGCAUUUAAUAGCAAGAGGUUUAAAUUAGUUGCUUUCUAGUGUUGUUAUGUAUUCAAAACCUGUCAAUCAAUCAGUCAUGUGUCAUCAGUCGUUUCGGUGAGCUGCCUUUUUGUUGCCAUUUUGAUCAUGGACUGUGCCUUUAAUGACUGCUGAGAAUUGAAUAAAACUUCCAGACUCAUCA